GUCCGACUUAUGUUUGUUAGCAAAGGAUACGACUGCAGUUUUCCAAUAUGACUCGGCUUCUCAUCACUGGCGCCUCUGGCUACCUUGGCGGGACACUUCUCAAUGACCUUGUCACAAUACCUAACCUGGAAAUAUACGCACUGGUGCGCACGGAGUCGCAGGCGUCCACAGUGAGAAAUUUGGGCGUACGGCCAGUUGAGUUUGAUCUUAUGGAUCAAGCCGUCAUCCAAAAGGUGGUUGAAGAGUUUGAACUGACCGUUAUUCUGCAUCUCGCGGAUGCAUUUAGCUUUGUUCCACCGGAAGCGUUCAUCCGAGGUCUCGCUGUUGUCAAGCGAAGGACGGGGAAAGAUGUUCAUUUCAUCCAUACGUCAGGGGCCAAAAUAUUUUCUAGCCACACCGGUAUCAACCAGCGUUUGAACGAUACGAAAGAUGUCUACUCUAUUCAGAAGGCCACAAAAGCACCGAUUCCUUUCAUGCAGAAGCCUGUCGACACUGUGACUUCUGUUCUGGAGCUCGGCGACGAGCUAGGUGUCCGAACAUAUGUCUACGUACCACCAAUGGUUCACGGUCUAGGCGAAGGGUUUGGUAACAAGAUCUCCAUUCAAUUCGUAAGAAUUGUGGAAAUAGGCCUUGCCUUGAAGCGCAUAUAUCAGGUCGCUGGUGAUACUGACGAAUGGCCAAUGUGCCACCUCAAGGAUAUCACGACACUGUAUAUGUCUCUUGUCAAUGGUAUUCUUGAGGGGAAGGAUGUACCGCACGGCAAGAAGGGCGGUUACUACUUCGCGGUCAAUGGCGAGUUCUCUUGGAAGAAGCUGUAUGAAGGCAUUGCUUCUAGUAUGAGCAGAAGGGGUCUCGUGGACGAUGUUGCAGUGAUCCAGCCUUCUGCGCAAGACUACGAUAAGAUGGCGCAGGUCUUGGGCGGGCCCAAGGCGAUUGUGGAUAUCUCGGUUGCUGGCAGGUGUGCUCUGACCGGGGAUAAUGGAAGACGUCUAGGAUGGGUGCCGAAGUACGGUGUCGACCAUCUUUACAGCGUCAUUGAUGAGGAAGUUGAGUUCAUUAUCAAACAUUUGAAGAAAUAAAUGCAGUUUCUUGUGUGUGUGUGAUAGGUUUUGUGCAUAAGCUUUAUAUAUCGAAUGUCUCGGUGAGUUGGUUAUGCCACAUAUGGCGCUUACAUCGG